AUGGAUCCUGCCGAGAACAUAAUCUUAAAAGACCUUGCACAGAAUGUUGGAGAACAUGCAAGGGCAUGCAUUGAAGGAAAACCCGUCAAGGCAAACAACCCACCGGCAUCUGCAACAUUGGCUGGAAAAGAGAACCUCCCCGAGGAUAAAAUAACAGAGGAUUGCCAAGCUAUUCCUCCUCUUGAAAUUGUCCCUGUUGACAGCAACCCUACCAUUAAAAGCGAGCCAGCAGAAGACUCGACAACGGGAGUCAAACAAGAGGAAACUACAGAAAAGAAAACGGCUAAAAGAACUGCAAGAACUUCCACCAAUGCUCCCCCGAGAAAGAAGAGGGCAUCAAGCAAGAAAAAUGAAAUCAAUGACGAAAACCUCGAUAAGAAAAUCAAAGAGUUGCAGAUAAAGGUAGACAAGCAAAAGAAAGUCUUUGAUGCUGCCUUGCUAGAACUGGAUUCUGCAAUCAAGUUAAAACAAAUGAAAAAGGAAGAAGAACUCAAGAUUGUCGAGAAAAGCAUUCGAGAGCUUCAAAACCGACGAAAAGAACUCCAAGAAACACUUGAUAAAAACUAA